AUGUCGCUGGCAGAAUCACCGUGCGCAAAGAGAGCCAGAGUGCAGCAGUUGCAGCUGCUGUUGCAAGAAAACAGGCGUGAGCUGGCGCAGUGCCGGCAGCAUGUGGCGAGGUGGGCGGCCAAACGUGGUAAUUUAGGCUUGACUUCAGCAGGACAAAAGGCAGUACUUGCUUGCUAUUGCUUGUCAAACUACAACAGCGCCAUUGCCACCAAGCUUGCGCAGCAACUCAAGACAAACCUUGGAGAGCUCCUGCGGCUGCACAGCGACGAUGAUGAUUGGACAAAAGCCAGAAAUGUGGCCGUUCGCUUUGUGGCAGAGGUGAAGACGGUGGACUAUGUCCACUCGCAAAACAGUCUCCAUGGUGUCGCGCCAACUUCGGCUGAGGUUUUUGCGCAUUUUGCGCAGACACGCUCGGGCGGUUUACCGGAGGUACUCACAAGCCGCGACUAUAUCAAGAAGUGGGCUGCUGGUUGGCGAAAACGCUUUGGCAUCCGAAGGGCGGCCUUGCCCAUGGCCAUUCCAGCAGAUGCACCGAGCUUGCGGGCAAAGGUGAAAUGCUUCUGGAAGAUGCUGGCGUUUCAGCGUGGUCCAGAGGCUUGUGAUGGUCGUGAGAUUUUGUAUCUCAAUGUGGAUGAAACAAGUGUGCCCUACACUGCACGACCCGCUAUUGGUUGUGUGAUCAACCGCAAGCAGUACAAGGGCUCCGGCCUCCCAGCCGUGCCCCACGCCAAAAUCCAGCCUGCCGGCAGGCGAGGUACUUUUACGUACUGCGCUGUUAUUGCUUCAAAUACAGGAAUUCAACCAGCGCUACCCCACUUUCUUGUGAGCAAUGGCACCAGGCUGAGCAGCAAGGUAGUGAAGGCCUUCAAGUGCUUGCCGAAGACCCAAUUGCAAGUGCUUCGCCGGAAGAGUGCGUGGGUUACCAGUGAUUUGAUGAUCGCAAUCUUGCAAGAAGUGGCAAAAGCAUUAGAACCGUUUUUGCAUCAAUUUAGGCCGGUAUUGCUCUUGGACGGGGCGCCAGCUCACGUUUCAGAGGCAGUCAUGCGUGCUGCAAGAAAGUUGAACAUUUCGCUGGUAUAUAUUCCAUGUGGAGCAACUAGCCUGCGCCAGCCUUUGGACGUCUAUGCGUUCUCCAGCUUCAAGCAAUACCUCCGCCAGAAAUACCACGAGCACAGGCAGACAGCCACUGAUGGCUUGCCAUCGACUUUAGC